AUGUCAUCCUCUCUUGAUAAAGCCGCCAGCAAUGCGCCGGACGCAUUCAACGUGCGGUGGCAAUUCAUCGACUCUUCGAACAAUAGUCGAACCAACUUGACCCAAGUGAAACGCCAUGUUAUGCAAGAAUAUAUGCGCCAGAAGAAAGGCGGCACUCGCCAAAGCGAAAGUGAAGAGGAGACACCACGAGCGAAACGUGGGAGACCCAGGAAGACUCAGGUUUCGAAAGGAAGAUCAGAGAAGCAAGCGAAAUCAGACGAUGACAACAAUAACAAUCAAUGUCGAGUGAGAAGAUCAACCAGAAAGCAAGAUACACGCAAAGAUGACCUCAAUGUCGAGGUCAACUGCGAUGUUUUUGUUUCGGAUCCUAUCUCGUCAGAUCCUGCGUCGAUUGAACGCAAUGAUAUGCCCUCGUUUCCCCCUUUCCGACCAUCUUCGGCCCAAUCUCAAGAUGUUACUCUUCCACUAGAUGGAUUUGCCGAUGGACGUCCACAGAGUUCUCCGAGCCAUGAUCUAUAUUUUAAUAAUUUUUCAUGGCCAUCACAAUCCACGAUUCCAUAUCAGUUUAUGCCAUCACCAAAUGCUAUGAUCAACGAUGCGCGAAUCGACACAUUCAACACUCUUCCUAUAGAGUUGAAUCGAGAUGGACACAGGACAUUUGACUGCUAUGUGAGCCAUAUGCCAGCCUCCUAUGGAUCCUAUUACCGGUCGUCCAUGGCCAACAACUGUUAUACAUCGGCUUUUGUGCCUGAGACAAUGAAAGAGGAAACUCAAAAUACUCUUCUUCAUAGAGAUCGUGCUGUCUCCAUGCUCCGGGAGCACCGCUCCGACAACCCUCACGAUAUCUCCGAUGUUGCAAUAAUUUCCUGUCUGAGUGCCGCAGCCUUAGAGGACUGCGAUCCCCGACCAGGCCACAAGGAAAUAAGCCGGGUGCACAUGCGAGCUGCACGGGAGAUGAUACGAGCGCGUGGUGGUCCCGCUGCAUUUGCAAACACCCGCAUCGGCAUGAUGAUCAACUGGCAAAACUACAUCUUGCCGGGAUAUGAGACCCUCGGGCCCAGCUUCUUCUAUGGAUACGACCAACAAGCCUCAGUCGCAUCUGAGUCUUUAGCCUCAGUACCCCAGCCCAACCCAAACCCCCGCUCAAUGCCAUCUCCACCAUAUUCCACCUCCUCGGGCUUUUCAGAAGUCUCGCCUAGCCCGGAACCUCGAACGAUGCUCCCACCUCAUUCAGAACCAAUUCCAGUAGAUGAAAUCAGAUUCCAAUGCGAAGAAUUCUUCGACUUCCUCCGACGCUGUGAACAACUUGCCCUAUACCAACGCGAUAACCCCCAAUCGUCGUACAUAACCCGACACACCGCAGUCCAAGAAACAUCCAUCCUCCACCGAAUCCUCGUGGCACCCCCAGGCGGCCGAUUCACCAACUCAGACAACCGGAAACAAAUGGUCGCCCGCUUAACGACGUUGAUGACUCUCAAUGCCGCGAUGUGGGAUUACCGUAACACCCCAGCGCGCGCAGCAAUCUUCCUCGACACAAUCGAGAAAUCUAUGGUCGACAGUGAAGUCGGCAUGAAUGGUUCCGUCGAUGCCACGCUCCAAACUGUGCUUGAAUGCAGCGACGGCACUUUUGAUGGCUGGCCCACUAGUGCUGACGGCUUUGCUUCCGCUGCCCCGGUAGAGGAGAUCCCAGACUUCUCUCAGUACUUUCCCACAGCUACUUCGCCCUCCGCGCGUCCGUGGUUCACUCACCGCAUGUUGAAGAUUGCUCAGCGGUUGAGCCCUUUGUCGUGGUUCCGCGUUAAUGAGUUUCUGUUCUCGUGUUUGACCCUCCAGGUGCAGGAGUCGUGCACGACUCUCUGGGAAGCGGAUCUUCGUAGGGAGAUUCUCGAUGCGCCGACUACUUAUGUGCGCUCAUUGACUGAGUGA